AUGGCAGAACCACAGCCAGCACAGUCAGCUAACCUAACAGAGGUUGUAGUGCAAAUCCUGAACAAUCAACAGGUCCUAAUGCGGCAAAUUUCCCAGCAAUUGGCCGCUACGCAGCUUGCCGUGGCCAGUCUAUCCCGUGACGAAUCGGUGCUGGAUUCCCUGUCCAGUAACAUGGCGAAGUUUAUCUACGACAAGGAAAACGGGCAUACGUUCGAUGCGUGGUUUUCCCGCUAUGUUGAUCUUUUCGACAAAGAUGCCGGCAAGCUGGAUGACGCUGCAAAAGUGCGAUUACUCCUGCGGAAAUUAAGCCCACCCGACUUCGAGCGCUACAACAGCUUUAUACUUCCGAAGCUUGCUCGAAAAUUCACCUUCUCUGAGACGGUGGAAAAGCUUAAAUCGCUGUUCGGUGCUACAGUGUCAAUAUUCCGACGGCGAUACAACUGCUUGCAGACCACUAAGGAGGAUGGUGACGACUAUUUGGCCUACUCUUGCAAGGUAAACAAAGCCUGUGUCGACUUCAAGCUAUCGGAGUUAACAGAGGAACAAUUUAAGUGCCUUAUUUAUGUAUGUGGCCUUAAAUCCAAGCAAGAGGCGGAGAUUCGAAUGCGCCUUAUAAGCAAAUUCAACGAAUCGGCAGACCUGACCCUGCAACAGAUUGUAGAGCAAUGUAAUGGCUUGGACACCGUGAUGGUCGAAGGUAGUUCAUCGUCAGUGAAUGCUCUUGCGUUCCCCAAGCGAACAUCGUCGAAGUGGCAUUCAUCUUCGGAUAGCAGCAAGAACCGAGAUCUACCCAAGACACCCUGCUGGUCCUGCGGAGGCAUGCACUUCAAUAAGGAUUGCCGGUUUAAAGACCAUAGGUGCAACGAAUGUGGGAAGCACGGACAUCGCGAGGGAUAUUGCACCUGCUUCUCGUCGUCAGGCAACUCGGCCAGCCACUCUGACAAAAAGAAGAAGAAAAAGAACAAGCGACAGCCAUUUUCGAAAAUAGUAUCCGUCCGGAGCAUCGACCAGCACCGGAAGUUCGUCGAGCUGCAGCUUAACAACGUUCCUCUUCGUCUUCAGUUGGACACAGGCUCCGAUAUAUCGAUAAUUUCACAACGGUCCUGGGCUAGGAUCGGUCGGCCAAAAGCGAAAUCAACCGUAUGCAGUGCCAAAACUGCGUCAGGGGAACCGCUCGAACUUGUCGCAGAAUUGGAGUGCAGUAUCACCCUCAACGGCAUCACGCGACAUUCUAGGCAUAGACUGGAUAGAUUUGUUCGGAUUGUGGAAUCAUCCGAUCGUGUCGUUCUGUAA